AUGGAUGAAGACGUGGGAAAUUGGAUGCAGAAUUCAAAUGCAGAGGCAGCCAUCAAACCCAGGCAGGACCGGUCCAAGGCAGACCGCAGUAAAUUAAAAGCACGAUCUCCCCCUGGUGUACAUCGCAGUAACUACAAUGUCUGCUACUUGGCGGUUGCUUGCAAAGGCGAGAGGGAAGAGAUUGCACCUUUCAUUUCUUUUCCUCUCUUCACAGGAUGCAGUGGCAUACACAGGUGGGGGAUGACCACACUCCCCACACUGGGUCAAAGUCUUAGAGGUGUAAAUGAGUGUGAAGACACUACCACGUGCCCUGCUUAUGCCACCUGCACUGACACUAUGUACAGUUAUUACUGUACCUGUAAACGAGGCUUCUGGCCUAGCAAUGGACAGAUCCACUUUAAGGGCCCAGGAGUGGUGUGUGAAGAUGUAAAUGAAUGUCUUCAAAGCGACUCACCCUGUGGUCCUAAUUCAGUCUGCAAGAAUCUCCCGGGGCGAACAUUGUGCAGCUGUCUUAGUGGCUUCUCUCCUUCCACUGGGCAGAACUGGAUCCUGGGAAGUCCAGGUCAUUUUUUCUGCACAGACAUUGAUGAGUGUCUGACAAUUGGGAUCUGCCCUAAUUAUUCCAACUGUACUAACACAAUAGGAAGCCACAACUGCACCUGCCAAUCCGGCUUCAUCUGGAAUGACCUCGCUUGUGAAGAUGAUGAUGAAUGUGCGAAAGACAACACUUGCCCAGAGCAUGCAACCUGCCACAACACUCUUGGAAGUUAUCACUGUACAUGUGACUCAGGAUUUGAAUUUAGUGGUAGAGGGUCAACAUUCCAGGGCCUGGAAGAAUCCUGUGAAGAUGUGGAUGAGUGUUCCAGUAACUCAACUCUUUGUGGUCCUACCUUGAUUUGCAUCAACACCCUGGGGUCCUACAACUGCUCCUGCCCAUCUGGAUUCUCUUUGUCAAUUUCCCAGGUCCCUGGUCAUCCAGCAGAUAGGAAGUGUACAGAUAUUGAUGAGUGUGAUACCACAUGUCCUUCCAACUCAUCAUGUACUAACACUCCUGGGAGCUACUUCUGCACUUGCCACCCUGGCUUUGCAUCGAGCAAUGGACAUGUGAAUUUCACAGACCCGGAAGUGUCAUGUGAAGAUAUUGAUGAAUGCAUCCAAGAUCCAUUACCUUGUGGACAAAAUUCUGUCUGCAGCAAUGUCCCAGGUUCCUACAUCUGCAGCUGCCUUCCCAGCUUCCAACCAGAAUCAGAAGGCUCCCAGGCACACGGCAACUUCAGCUGCAAAAAAAUCCCAUUCAAGUGUAAGGAAGACUUGAUAUCCAACAGCAAGCAGAUACAACAAUGCCAAGCAGGGAAAGCCAGGGAUAUUGACUAUGCCUCCUUCUGCACACUCGUGAACACCACCUUCAGCAUCCUGGAUAACACCUGUGGAAACAAGAGUGCCCCAGUGUCCCUGCAGAAUGCAGCUAGGAGCAUUUCCCUGGUGCUGGAGCAAGCACCCCAGUGGGCUGAGUUCAGCAGAGAGGAGUCAUCUGCCCUGGGCACCAUCUUGCUGGAGACUGUGGAAAGCACCAUGCUAGCUACCCUUCUGACACCCUCAGGGAACAUCAGCCAGACCAUUUCGACGGAGUACCUAGACAUUGAAAGCAAAGUUAUCACUGAAGACUGCAGUGCGGGGAAUGUGUCCUUUAACUUGAAAGCUAGAGGUGAUGAAAUGAAUGUUGGCUGUUCCAUCAUCAAGGAAUCAGAAUCCACAGGGACCCCAGGAGUGGCUUUUGUCUCCUUUGUACACAUGGCAUCGGUUUUAAAUGAACGCUUCUUUGAAGAUGGUCAGGCUUCCUGGAAGCUGAAGAUGAAUUCCCGUGUUGUUGGUGGCAUCAUGACAGGGGAGAAGAAGGAGGGCUUUUCCAAGACUGUUGUCUACACCCUCCAGCACAUCCAGCCAAAGCAGAAAUCUGAGAGGCCCAUAUGUGUCUCUUGGAACCCCAAUGUGGAGGAUGGGAGAUGGACACGCUCAGGCUGUAAGAUCACAAAAGCAUCUGAGACAUACACAGAGUGCAGCUGUAACCGAAUGGCAAACUUGGCCAUCAUUAUGGCUUCUGGGGAGCUCACAAUGGCGUUCUCCUUGUAUGUCAUCAGCCAUGUGGGUACAGUCAUCUCCCUGGUAUGCCUUGCCUUGGCCAUAGCCACCUUCCUGCUGUGUCGUGCUGUUCAUAACCAGAACACCUAUAUGCACCUGCACCUUUGUGUGUGUCUCUUCUUGGCCAAGUUUCUGUUCCUCAUGGGUGUAGACAAGACGGACAACCAGACAGCCUGUGCCAUCAUCGCGGGAUUUCUACACUAUCUUUUCCUUGCCUGUUUCUCUUGGAUGCUCGUGGAGGCAGUGAUGCUCUUCCUGAUGGUGAGAAACCUGAAGGUGGUGAAUUAUUUCAGCUCUCGAAACAUCAAGAUGCUUCACCUCUGUGCCUUUGGUUAUGGGCUCCCAGUCCUGGUGGUCAUGAUCUCUGCCAGUAUACAGCCACAAGGCUAUGGGACGCAUGAUCUCUGCUGGCUGAAUGUAGAGACUGGGUUCAUCUGGAGUUUCCUGGGACCAGUCUGUAUAAUCAUUGUG